GCAAAAUGUGACGAACCAUUUUAUUUUCGUGAUGAAUAACGACGCAUGCAGAAACUUUCAACCUAUGGACGCCACUUGAUUCUUCAUGCCAAAUACAUGCUAAUUGUACCUUACCUCAUCUAUGGAGUACCAAUUCUAUCAAUUCCAAUCGGCGAACCCAAACUAAUUUGUUUUAAGGAUUUAGGGUACGUAUUUUGACAAAUUGAUUUAGUACCUAUAUAUAUAUUCCUCGUUAUAUUAGGUAGUACUAUUUUUCAUUUCUGUCGAUUGAGACAUGGAAUCGAUUGGCUCCAAGUACCAAUCCAAUUUAUUAAUCCCGCAACUAUGUAGUUUAAUCUAAAAGCAUAUCGGUUUUAUUGAACUCUUUUUUUAUCAACCACUAAGAAAGUAAUCGUGUCACAUUGGACGGACGGGUAGGCCUCGUGCCUACCGUUUGGUGCGGCGAUUAUCGAUCGUCCGCGGUUUUCUUCUCUUCGCUCGACGAUCGAGUCUCGAACAAACAGCAGUUUCGGCGCUCGAGCCUUGAGUUCGUGAUCUGGGCGAACGAAAUGGAGCAGAAUGACACCAAUGGAGGGGAAGCACUGGCCAACGCCUAUGAAAUGUUGGAUCUGGAGGAAGAGGACGAUGUCCUCGUGGUCGCACUAAUGGCUCUGCCCUCAGCGAAACACAAUCUGACCAUGGUGGGGACCAUUACAUCGGAAAUAAUAAUAGGGCAUGCAAAAAGUCAUUGCCUGCGUAAGCGGCGGGGCUACGAAGUCACUGGUGAAAAACCUUUUGGUCCUUGGCUUAGAGCUACAAAAGGGCCAAAGCAAUGGAAAGAGAAUAAAUGGCUAGUUCCAGCGGAGAAAGGAAUAUGUUCUGAUAGCAAGGCUACCAGUGGAAAUAGAGAGGACAACAUGCAACCAAGUACUGGGGAGGGGGGCUCUCACCACACGACUACACGAGAGGGGAUACAUUGAGCAGAAACAAAGGCGUGUGGAGGAUCCAACAGAGGACUAGACCGCCAUGCACAACAGCGAGAGACACUGGUCCGAAGCUUUGGGAGUUAAAUAAGGCCGAGGGCCAUGAAGACUUUAUUUAUUUUUGCUAUUUUCUCUUUUAUGGUACUCAUGGUUCUUUUCUUAUUGUUUGGAACUCUAGGGGUAGGUUGUGGUUCACCUUUUCUUUUUUGCUUUGGGAUGUUAUUGUUGGUGGAAGCGAUAAAGCUUGUUUGACCGUUAAAAGCUUCAAAACUCUCAAAUGGUUCACGAAUAGUCUCGCACUCUCGCUCUUUAUGGGGUGGUCUAUUCUAAGCCUAGCCAGAGAGUGGGGGGACCUUUGGGCUUUGCGGGGCCUCAAGAGGAGGUUUGGCGUUAUAAGGGUGAUAAUACUUUUAGAGGUUUGAGUGAGGAGGUUGGGCAUUGUAAGGGUGGAAGUACAUUGAGAUCUUUGAUUAAUUCUACCUCCGUCCCAAAAAGAUUGGCCAAUUUGACUUUUCUUGGUCAAUGAUGUUAAAUUUUAGACAAUGAUUUUAUGUAUUAUACUAACUCUUGUUGUGCACUCUUCUUUUAGGUAAUUAUCAUGAAUUAUAA